CAACCUGCCCUGGUAUAUUUUUAUCAACACUUAUGAGCUAAGGAUUAAGGGAACACAAGAGAGAGAAAUACAGUGGCACUAACAGAUAUCUAGUCUGGUUCACAUAAUACAGCUCCUUCUGCAAUGAUCCUUGCAACAGAAGGAAGAGGCUCCCGGUCCCUCAGAGAGGCCCCUUAUCCCCCGUCACAGCCAUUUCCUUCGGGUGCAGGUCUCAGUUAUAUACAUUCUUGGGCCUUCAGCUUUUGAAGAAGUGGUUUCAUGGUGUAAAGGUUUGUGGUCACUGACGCGCACCCUUAAGAGAGCCACCUGCUGCGCUCAGUUUCACUCAGUUGGGUCUGGGGACUGCAGGCUCCAGUCAAGCAGGAGAGUCUCCGGCACCAGCAACCAUGAGACCAGACCAAGCCAGAACCUGCGCCAGCAGCAGCCCUCUUCAGCUGUUUGUUCUUGCUAUUACAGCAAUGACUUUCACUUCUGCAACAAGCCAACAUAUAUCAGAGAUUACGUGCAUGUUAAUCAACCAGCAGAAUAAAGAUUUAAGAACACUGGAAUCAUCAGUAUUUCUGGAGAUGCCUAGUAUUUCGGAAGAUCUUGGUUGUGAUUUGAGUUCUCAAAGCACAGAGAAUGUCUAUGAAACAGCAAAAAGUGUGGAAGUUGACGUGCUAGGAGACAUUGAAUUAAAAGUGAUCAUGAAUAUUUCAGAGACCAUUUCAUGCCUUUGGGUCUUCAAAGAGAACCAAGUUGACUGCAAACCCUCACUGGACUCAGAAAACCGAUCUGUUGUUUCGCUGGCCUUUUCAAAAAUAAAAGAAACUCAAGCUGGAAAAUACACCCUUGCAGUUCAAAGUGAAAACAAUAACUACACAAUAAUGUUUACAGUUCUCGUAAGGAGUAAACCAAGGAAGCCCUAUUUUGUAAAAAGUGAAAACUUGGCCAUUAUAAACUGCACAUCCGAAAGCUACCCUACACCAGAUAUUGAAUGGUUAUUUUGCAGAACACCUGAUGACAGUUGCAUCCAUACAAAUCGUAAAUACAGUAAAAGAAAUGGGAAAGUAUAUGGAGUACAGGAGGUGCCACGAGGAUAUUCAGCAAAUAAGUUAUUUCAAACAGACAUACGGUGCUGCGCAACUAAUGAGCUGGGCAGAGAAUGCACCAAGCUGUAUACAAUAGAUCUAAAUGAAAAACUUGGAGGAUCUUUACCUGAACUCCUUCUUAAAGUUGGGGAGCCAUUACUGAUAAGAUGUAGAGCUUUUUAUGAAAACUAUAAAUUCAGAUUGAAAUGGCAUUUUAAAAACAAAGAAUUACAAGAGGGGCACUGGUUUGAAGAAACAGAUUAUCAAGACUCCUCUAUGGUACGGAUUCUCUAUGCAUUUGCCUCAUCAAUGGGAAGAAGUGAUAGUGGACAUUACACCUGUUCUUCCACAGAACAUCCAAAUAAAACAACUUUGGUUACAGUCUUAGAAAAGGGAUUUAUAAAUGUAACUGACUCAAGAGAAGAUUUUGAGAUUGAUCUGUUGGAAAAGUUUUGUUUUGAAAUUAAACUUAAAGCAUACCCACCAAUUAGAUGUAUAUGGAUUUUUUCCCAAAAAUCAUUUCCUUGUGAGCAAAGAUACAAUGCGGAUGGAUACAGCAUUUCUUCAAGGUUCUGUGAUCAUAAGUAUCAGUCAGGGGAAUACGUAUUCUAUGCAGAAAAUGAUGAUACAUAUGUGAAUAAAACAAUGAUGUUGUAUGUGAAACGGAAACCUGAAGUAACAAUACAGUCAACAUCAAAAGAUAUUUCUUGCUUCUCUGAUAGUUACCCUGCACCAUCUUGGACCUGGAGGAAAUGUUCAGGACCUGAUUCUUCUAAUUGUACAGAAGAAAUCACAGAAGGGAUUUGGAAUGACACACGUGAGAGGAAAACCUUUGGGUCCUGGCAUUCCAGCAGCAUUUUAGAUAUACAGGAUACAGUGAUAGGCUUUUCUGUUGAGUGCUGUGCGAACAAUUCUGUUGGCUCAUCCUGUGCGAAGAGAUUCAUUAACCAACAAGGAGCUGUUUUUUCCCUCCAAGAUAAUGUUUCAUUCUAUGCAACUACUGGAUUUUGCCUUCCAUUUAUAGCUGUUUUGCUUAUAUUUAUUUUUCAUAAAUACAAAAAGCAAUUUAGAUAUGAGAGCCAAAUGCAAAUGAUACACAUAGUUGGUCCUUCAGAUAAUGAGUACAUCUACAUUGAUUUCAGUGAAUUUGAAUAUGAUCUCAAAUGGGAGUUUCCAAGAGAAAAUCUGGAAUUUGGGCAGGCACUUGGCUCUGGUGCCUUUGGAAAAGUGGUGAAUGCAACAGCUUAUGGAAUUAGUAAAACAGGAGUUUCAGUCCAAGUUGCAGUCAAAAUGCUAAAAGAAAAAUCUGAUCCUUCUGAAGAAGAUGCUCUAAUGUCAGAGCUCAAAAUGAUGACUCAUAUUGGAAGCCAUGAAAACAUUGUGAAUCUAUUAGGGGCUUGCACCACAUCAGGACCAGUUUACUUGAUUUUUGAAUACUGUUGCUAUGGUGACCUGCUGAACUACUUAAGGAACAAAAGAGAAAUAUUUCACCGGACGUGGACAGAUAUCUUCAAACAGCACAAUUUCAGCUUUUACCACAAUUUCCAUUUGGAUCGAAACUCCAGAAUGGAUGACUUUGGAGGAAUGCAACUAAGGCAAGACUCAGAUUUGACCUCUGGAUCAAACGGGAUUACAUUAUAUUCGGAGGAAGAAGAAAUUAAAUAUAUCAAUAGAAGGGUGUAUGAAGAGGAGGACUUCAAUAUGCUCACUUUUGAAGAUCUUCUCUGCUUCUCAUAUCAAGUUGCCAAAGGAAUGGAGUUUCUUGAGUCAAAAUCGUGUAUUCACAGAGACCUGGCUGCCAGGAAUGUAUUAGUGACCUGUGGAAAAGUAGUGAAAAUAUGUGACUUUGGCCUAGCUAGAGAUAUAAUGAAUGACUCUAACUACGUCAUCAGAGGCAAUGCUCGGUUACCAGUCAAAUGGAUGGCUCCUGAAAGCUUAUUUGACAGGAUAUACACAAUUAAGAGUGAUGUCUGGUCUUAUGGAAUAUUACUGUGGGAAAUAUUCUCUCUCGGUGUGAAUCCUUACCCUGGAAUUCAGGUUGAUUCAAACUUCUACAAACUCAUUCAAAGUGGAUUUAAAAUGGACCAGCCAUUUUAUGCUACAGAAGAAAUAUACUUUGUAAUGCAGUCCUGUUGGGCUCUGGACUCUAGAAAAAGACCUUCCUUUUCACAGCUGCGUUCCCUUUUAGCACGGCAGCUGGCUGAUGCAGAAGGAGCGGUCUAUCAAAAUAUGGAGAGCAAUAUUUCUACACACCCUUCCAAUUCCAAAACCAGACCACCUGUGAGCAGGGAAAAUGAGCGCCUUCCAUCCACUGAUCAGGAUGAAGAUUCUCAGAUAAAAAAAUAAUCCAGUUUCUGGACUUUACUUAGAAAUUCAUAUAAGCUCUGUAUAUGAUUAAUGUUUUAUGUCACCACUAUAAGUAAACAGAUUAUUAGCUGCUGCUAUAUUAGCAUUUCUUACAGGCAAUUCCAUCAUCUCAUACCAUGAAGGGAACCUUUAUUCAAUUUCAUUAUUUUAAAUCCAGAAAAUGCAUUUACCACAAGCCCGAAGCAAUAUGUAUUUUUAAUCAAUGACUUUUUCAUGCAUCUACAACUGAAAACCUUCCAGUGACAGCUUUAUGGAAGCUGUAUUUAAUCAAGGCAUUACAUUCAAACUACUGUGUGCUGCAUUGUAAGCAAACAUGAAAAUCUUAAGGCAUUUUCAAACUUGCGAGCUUUAAAGUCAGGUACCUAAAUCCUAGCGCUCUGAUUUUUCAGAAGUGCUUCUUACACACAGCUCCCAUUGAAGUUAAUGAGGCUUGAGAGUACACAGCACCUUUGCAAAUCAGACCACUUGAUUUAAAGACCUAACUUUAAGCACCUGUGUUUGAAAAUGUUGGCCGUUAUUGCCAAGAACCUAAUAUGUUUUUGAGUAUUUCUGAUCGUUUGAUUUUGAAUCUUUUCAUUCCUUUACAUUUCCUGUUAGAUGUACAGCUUGAGUUCUUAUACUUCUGCCAGAUGGACACACUUCAUUUUUAAUGAGGCUAUUCUUGGUACUAAUUUAGGGGCAUAAUCUCAUCUCUAUGAUUCAGCAACUAUACAACUCACAGGAGUUUUAAUGAGAGUUACAUGUAUGAAUCCCACUGCACUGAGAUGAGAAUAUACCUCUCUAUCUCCUUUCCUGCUUUCCUAUGAGAAAAAUCCCUGAGGUGAUUGUUCUUCAUAUAGAUUUGGAGAUAUAUUAUUUUCCUGUUGAUGAUAUGGGAUGUGUUGGCGCAACUUCUAGGAAUGGUAACCAGAGAUGUGUGCAUAACUCCCAGUGAAUCAAGAAGAGAAUAUGCUUUUUUAACCAGUUUUCUCUUUCUGCCCUACAAGAAUUACUAACCACGUUCAGCACUUUCUUUGGUAACUUCAGUAGGUGUAUCAUUAUUUUGAUUAAAUGGUAUCCCAUAAAUUAAGCUGCUAUUUACUAACAAACUCCUGACAAUGAUUAAUAAAUCUGUUCUUGUACAGCAAUAAUGCAUUGCAUAUCUUGGUUAACACUUAUUACUGAAUUAUCAGAUGACAAUAUUAUCAGAUGACAAUAUUUUAUACCAGAUAUAAAAUCCUACCUUUGAAAUGCAAAUGUAGCAAUAAACUUUUUUGAAAUAUA